AUGCCCGUCAGUGUCGAAAAGGCGCGGGAGGGCCGACAGGCCUCCGUCACCCUCCACACUGCCCCAGAUGUUGAGCAUAUCGAGGCCCCCGUGACCUGGAAGGCCUAUCUUCUUUGCGCCUUCGCCUCCUUCGGUGGUAUCUUCUUCGGUUACGAUUCCGGGUACAUCAAUGGUGUCUUGGGCUCCAAGAUCUUCAUCGAAGCCGUCGAGGGUCCCGGCUUUGAUAAGAUUUCUGAAUCCAGGUCCUCCCUGAUCGUGUCCAUCCUGUCUUGCGGAACCUUCUUCGGUGCUCUGAUUGCUGGUGACAUGGCCGACUGGAUCGGCAGAAAGUGGACUGUCAUCGCUGGCUGCGUCAUCUACGCCCUCGGUGUUGUCAUUCAGAUGAUUACUAGCCCUGAGAAUGCUCUCGGCCCCAUCGUCGCUGGCCGUGUCGUCGCUGGUCUCGGUGUUGGUUUCGAGUCCGCCAUCGUUAUCUUGUACAUGUCCGAGAUUUGUCCUCGCAAAGUUCGGGGUGCUCUCGUCGCUGGGUACCAAUUCUGCAUCACCAUCGGUAUCAUGUUGGCCUCCAUCGUAGUGUAUGCCACCCAGAACUAUGGCAACACCGGUGCCUAUCGCGUGCCAAUCGCUAUCCAGUUCCCUUGGGCCCUGAUCCUGGGUAUCGGUCUUUUGUUCCUCCCCGACUCCCCUCGCUACUACGUCAAGAAGGGCCAGAUUCAGAAGGCCAUAAACUCCUUGUCCCGCGUUCGUGGCCAGCCCGAGAACUCUGAAUAUGUCCAGACUGAGGUUGCCGAAAUUAUUGCCAACGAAGAAUACGAGCGCGCCCUCAUUCCCUCCACCACCUGGUUCGGAUCUUGGGCCAACUGCUUCAAGGGCAGCCUCUGGAGUGCCAAAUCCAAUUUGCGUCGAACCAUCUUGGGUACUUCCCUGCAAAUGAUGCAGCAGUGGACUGGUGUCAACUUCAUCUUCUACUACUCGACUCCUUUCCUUCAGUCUACCGGUGCCAUCAGCGACACUUUCCUCAUCUCACUAAUCUUCACGCUUGUCAACGUGUGCUCAACUCCUCUGUCUUUCUGGACUGUCGAGAGAUUUGGUCGUCGCACCAUCCUCAUCUACGGCGCUCUUGGUAUGCUCAUCUGCCAGUUCCUCGUCGCCAUCAUUGGUGUCACCGUCGGUUUCAACCGCACUCACCGUGAUCCCGCAAACCCCGCGAACAGCAUUGCCGACAACAUUGCCGCCGUCAACGCCCAAAUUGCCUUCAUCGCCAUCUUCAUCUUCUGGUUCGCCUCCACCUGGGGUCCUGGUGCCUGGAUCGUCAUUGGCGAGAUCUUUCCUCUCCCUAUUCGAUCUCGUGGUGUUGGCCUCUCCACUGCUUCCAACUGGCUGUGGAAUACUAUUAUUGCCGUCAUUACCCCCUACAUGGUGGGCGAGGAUCGUGGCAACUUGAAGUCAUCCGUCUUCUUCAUCUGGGGCGGUCUUUGCACUUGCGCCUUUGUCUAUGCCUACUUCUUGAUCCCCGAGACUAAGGGUCUGUCACUCGAGCAGGUCGACAAGAUGAUGGAGGAGACUACUCCCCGACAGUCCGCCAAGUGGAAGCCCACCAGAACCUUUGCCAGCACCAUCGGGGCUGGCGACUACAUGGAGAAGCCUACUGCGCAGCAGGUAUAA